GUUGCAACUACGAACGAAAUCGGUUUACACCGGCGCCGAUGGAACUCCUCAGCAUCACGUUGUACUUAGUAGGGGCCGUGUCAGGUCUUCUGUACUACUAUUUGCGUCGUAAAUUUGCCUACUGGUCGGAUAGGAAUGUUCCGUACGUUUCCGGAUCCCUACCGAUGGGAUCGUUCAACGGGAUGGGCAGCAAGAAGCACUUCGUGGAGAUCAUGACUCCCGUUUACGAGCAGUACAAAAAGACGCACACUACCGUUGGAAUGUUCCUUUGCGUCAAUCCGCUGUUGUUGGCAACGGAUUUGGAUUUCGUUAAGCAGGUUCUGGUGAAGAAUUUCAACAGUUUUCACGACCGAGGGAUGUUCUUCAACGAAAGGGACGACCCGCUGGCAUCGCAUAUGUUUUCUAUCGAAGGCGAAAGGUGGCGAUUCUUGCGGAACAAGCUGAGUCCGACGUUCAGUUCCGGGAAAAUCAAGUACAUGUUCCUGACGGUCCGUGAGAUUGGGUUGGAAUUUUCGGAUAGUUUCGAGCCGUAUUUGGAGCAGAAGAAACCCGUGGAUGUGAGCGCACAGGCGGCGAUGUUCACAUGCGACGUUAUCGGGUCUUGUGCGUUUGGAUUGAAUUGUAAUGCUUUGAAGGACGGAAGCACAAAGCUGCUGGAUUUGGCUGACAAGAUUUUUCACCCGCGCCCGUUGCAAAUGGUAUGGAUGCUUCUGUUGAUUAGUUUCCGCGAGCUGGCUGUGAAGCUGAGACUGAAGCAAACUCCUGCUGACGUUGAGAGCUACUUCGUUGAUGUGGUGCGGAAGACGGUGGAACACCGCGAGAAGAAUAAUAUUACUCGUCCGGACUUUCUUCAACUGUUGAUGAGAUUAAAAAAUAAAGGAACGGUCGAUGAGAAUGAGGAAGAUUCCAACGAAACUAUCACGAUGAAUGAGGUGAUUGCGCAGGCGUUCCUAUUUUUCUUCGCCGGAUUUGAAACGUCAUCCAAGGCGCUAUCAUUUGCAUUGUUCGAGCUGGCAAUUAAUCCGGAAAUUCAAGAGAAAACUCGCGAGGAAGUUCAACGAACUCUUGCCAAAUACGACGGCUUGAUAACUUAUGAAGCCUUAAAGGAUAUGACUUACGUGGAACAAGUCGUUAACGAAUCUCUCCGGAAGUAUGCUCCCGUCGGACAGAUAGUUCGCAUUGCAAACGAGCCACAUCGAGUACGGUCACCAGAUUUCACCCUCGAAAAAGGCACCAUGGUGAUGAUUCCCGUGCAUUCGAUCCAUCACGAUGCGGAGAUCUAUCCGGAUCCGUCACGCUUCGAUCCGGAUCGUUUCACACCGGAGGCAAUCGGCGGUCGUCAUUCGCACAGUUUUCUGCCGUUUGGGGACGGACCUCGAAACUGCAUUGGCAUGCGGUUUGCCCUGCUGGAGGUCAAGUUUGGAAUCGCACAGCUGCUAAGUCGGUUGCGUUUCAGCGUGAAUGAGCAAACGCAGGUCCCGCUGCGGUACGAUCCGAAGGGUAACGUGGCCUCGGCGCUGGGUGGAAUCUGGUUGAACGUCGAACGGGUCUGAAGUGAGAGCAGUGCACGAUCAAGAGUUCCAUUCAAAUAUAAUCCGAGUGUCAUUUCAAUUGAACUUAUCGACAAUGCAUCCAAUUCUGUUCAGAUAGAUUAAAGAGCUCUUAUGACAACUGUAAAAACAAAUUAGGAAUAAAUUCUGAGGCUACUCUCAAAC